AUAUUAGGAGAGAAAGCCUGACAGUGUGGAUUGUUGCCAGCUGCCGUUGUACUGUACCGGUCGUAAACAAUAUAACUAGACGUCAGCAGCCGCUCUACGUUGUGCCCUGUGUGGGAUGGAUGACUUACCGGCCGAAGGCUUGGAUAAAACGCUCUUCCUUACUACACUGUUAGUUGCCGAUCCUGUCAGUAGUGGCAACGCUCCCCCGGCGGUCUAGAACCUUCGUGAAUCUCUAACUGUGAGUGUGUAUAUGUGUGUGCUUGGGAAAGUUAUUUCAUAACGCGUUUUACGAAGCAAAGCAGAAACUGAGGAUAAGAAAAAAGGUAUCAACAGUGAUCGUGCAUAUUGGCACGGAUCAAACAAGCACGUGCAUCUAUAGUGUAAUUCUCACCAAUUCUUCAAUGUAUGGCGGUUAAAAAAUAUGGUGAUAUUCUGCCAAGACCUCAGCACCUGGUUCUCGAAUACCCAUCUUAAAAACAGCUGCCUUUGCCUACUAAUUACCCUCUCCGUUCAAACUUAACAAAAGUAACAAAAUCAAAAGAUAUGAAAGACACCUAUAAAAACAAUGUACCAGCCGCUGCCUGUCAUGAAAACGAUUUGACACAAACCAUGUUGGCGAGUCACGCAAGUCUGUAUCUAAGCAACGAUAAACAAGUAGAUGUGGACCGGCCGAACGGUCAAUAUUGCUCCACUAACUCCAGUACUUCUACUGCUGUUUGUACAGGUCCUUCUGAAGUGUGGCCCAAAUAUCAGGGGGAUUGUUUCGACAAAGCAGAAAGCCUGCAGUCAAAGAAUAUGAUUAUCAGAAAUGACGAGGAAGUGUUGGAGAAACCCGAGAAGCCCUUUUUUGUUGAUGUAAAGCACUUGCCUAAGGAUGUACUGACUAAAGCGAGACAACUCUUCGGUAGGGAGAUAUGCCAAAAUUAUCUUCAAGAACAUGGAUUCAAACGUGUACAAAAGGAAAAAAAUGGAUCGUUGUGUUUUUGUGAAGAAAAUAAUAAUAAUAUGUUUUUUAAGGAUUGUGAGUCUGUGAGCUUUUUUUGUAAAAAGAAACAAGAGGAUAACUUCGGCGGAGAAACAAACGGUUUUCCUGAUCUUGAGUCAGCAUCAAAUUUGUCAUCUCAAAAUGACAUAUCUGAGAAAGAAAUGUAUAGAUCUAUUGAUGAAACAGGCGAUCUAAGAGCUACGAACAACGUACUUGACUGCCAGUCUCUUACAGAAACUCAAGCAAAGGAGGAUCGAAUGAUCGUGGAGGAUGUUCCUGACUGUAUGGAAACUCAAGCAAAGGAGGGACUAAUGAUCGUGGAGGAUGUUCCUGACUGUCAGACUCUUACAGAAACUCAAGCAAAGGAGGAUCGAAUGAUCGUGGAGGAUGUUUUUUGACUGCCAGUCUCUUACAGAAACUCAAGCAAGGGAGGAUCGAAUGAUCGUGGAGGAUGUUCCUGACUGUCAGUCUCUUACGGAAACUCAAGCAAAGGAGGAUCGAAUGAUCGUGGAGGAUGUUCCGGACUGUCAGACUCUUACAGAAACUCAAGCAAAGGAGAGACUUAUGAUCAUGGAGGAUGUUCCUGACUGUCAGACUCUUACAGAAACUCAAGCAAAGGAGGGACUAAUGAUCGUGGAAGAUGUUCCUGACUGUCAGACUCUUACGGAAACUCAAGCAAAGGAGGGUUUAAUGAUCGUGGAGGAUGUUCCUGACUGCCAUUCUCUUACAGAAAUUCGAGGAAAAGAGGAUAUAAGAAUCAAGGCGGAUGAUUCUGAUUGUCAAUCCUUAUCAGAAAUUCGAGAAACUAAGGAUUUAAAGGCUCUGAUGAACGCACCAGACUGUCAGUCUCUUUUAGAAACUCGAGAGUUAAAAAUGCUUGAUGACGAAGUUACUUUAGAUGCUGAACUAAUAAAGACGUUUUACAGCAAAUAUUCCAAAAGCGAGUUACAAUCAAAAACAGUAACUAGUGAUCCAAAACUACACUUCGCUCAUCGUAGUUCUCAAUCGGAAGAACUGAAGUCAUACUUGGAUGUCUCGAAAAGCCCUGCUAAUAAAGCAACUUUGAGGAAUGAAGAUGUCAUCAGUAUUUCUGAACACUCGAACGAAACUACACACAGAUCGAAUGAUUUAAACACAGAGAUAACCUUUACUGAAAACUCCGAAGCAUCAUGUACCAGUACAGCUAUAAGCGAUAGUAAAGAAAUGUCUGCUUCCUGUGAAGCUCGUGUAGUUUCGAAAGAAGGGUGCUCUUAUAGACAUCACCAACACAAUGCUUUGUUAGAGUUUUCAACCUCUGGAACAGAUGCAGAAAAAAACAAAAUCCAUGUUGAAGCAACAACAUGCGAAACUAGGCGUGUUGGCCAAUCAACUAGUCCACUUUUUUACCAGGAACUAUGCACAGUGAGAGAACAUUUAGUAGGAAGCGUAGAACAGGAUGAAUCAAAACCUGCAUUUCCUUUAAUUUCUGUUCCAACAAGAGGGGAUGUUUUUUAUUGUCUAGAUAAAGAAAACAGCGGUGUACAAAAUCAGCCGGGUACAAGUGAAAUUACUAACAAUCAGUUACAUUGUGGUACUUCUCCAAAUAAAGUAUACUUUACUGAUGAACAAUACCAAAGCGACGAUUUUCCCAUUGAUGAAGGAAACCAAGAUUUGUUGGAUCUUUUUUCUGUUGAUGAGAAACAAGGAGUUAGUAUUGAUAGUGAAUCCGGAAGUAUGUACCAUCAAGAGAAGAAACUUCCGGACAUUUCGGAAAGUAAUUGUGAAAAAAAAACUACCAAUAGCUUAGGCGCUUAUAUAAAAACUAGAAAACGCAGGGAAAAGCAGCACGAUAGUGCAUACACAAGAAAACAAAGUCAAGAGAUGUUCUCCGAGAUUUCAAAUAAAAAGAGAAAGAUUUCAGCGUUGUCGGUAUAUACCAAUAUUGAAAAUGGCGUGAUAACUGAAGUUACUUGUAAAAGAUAUAAAAAGAGAACCACAAAAUUUCGAGAAAGAGAUGACGCUUUUGAAACCAUUCAGAUGGAAGAUUUCGAGACAGCAGGAAAAGAAGACAGCUACAGGAAAAAUGGUCUGGUUGUUUCACCAGAUUACAGCUGUGAGAAUAUAGCUUCUGAUGUUGAUCCUGAUGUGCGAGAUGUCGUUACAGAACUUGUCCACACCGUGUUUUUAAACUCGCUGGACCUCAAAGACGACUUGUCAUUUGUUAAUCCAAAUGAUGUUCGGGUUAAAGAUCUUUUUCAAAAGUUCUGUGAUGAAUUUAACUUUGAACAUGGUGAUUUUCAGGACUUCUACUCUGAUUUCAGCGAAACAGUUAAACCAAGGAUCAGUGGUUGUGGUGAAUAUUCGGUUCCUCCAACGAAACGAAAAGGAAGACGCAAAUGCAGUCAAACUGUCAAUCUUUCAGAAGUUGAAUGUUCCAAAGAACUGCCUCGUAGUGAAGAAUCAAAUACUAGAAGUAAGUUUUAUCAUUCCAUAAGAUUGAGAAAAAAAUCCAGAUGGUUAAGACAAGUUCCUACCGCUAAAAGGGUGGUCACAAGACUAACCCUACAUGAAAUGGGCUUGGAAAAAGUCGAAGAUCUGGAAAACAUUCGGGAACCAAAGAAAAUCAAAUACGACAACGGAACUAUUGACCAUUAUCUAGAGUCACAAAAACAGUUUUUAAAGAGUAGUGGGUUAAGCAAAGAGAAACCCAUUUCGUCCAAGAAAGACCAAACAUUUGUAAUUAAAAAAGUAAAAGUAAACCAAAGCAACUAUAAACCUUGCAAAACUCCCGACGAAUCCAUUGACAGUGAGGAACAGAAUGGACUUUAUGGAAACUUAAGGGAUCAGACUUAUAUCCAAAACAGUAAUACCCCUAAGGACAUCAUACAGAAGCCAUUUGAUGAUCAAAGGUUAACUAACCCUAAUUCUCAUAAACGUGAUAGAGCUGCAAUAGAUGGACAGACCCAAGAUCCUCUCAAUUCGUUUCCACUAGAAGAUUUUACAGAAGACCAAGCAAGUAAUGAAGAAAGAAAAAGCAGCUACAGUGAAGCAAGAUCUCUGGAAACGGCUAACAAACUACAUAAUGAAAUUGAAUCUCUAGACUCAGAUCCAAAGAAGACCCUAGCAUCAUCAUAUCAGUGCCGAGACCCAAAGUCAAAGAAGACCCUAGCAUCAUCAUAUCAGUCCCGAGACUCAAAGCCAAAACAGGAUCUAGUAACAUCAGAUCCCACCUUGGACCAAAAGCCAAAGGAGACCUUAAUACCGUCACACCAUUCCUUAGACCCAAGGCCAAAACAGGAUCUAGUAACAUCAAAUCCCACUUUGGACCAAAAGCCAAAGGAGACCUUAAUACCGUCACAUCAUUCCUUAGACCCAAGGCCAAAACAGGAUCUAGUAACAUCAAAUCCCACUUUGGACCAAAAGCCAAAGGAGACCUUAAUACCGUCACAUCAUUCCUUAAACCCAAGGCCAAAAGAGACCGCAGUAACAUCACAUCAGUCUUUGGAUUCGGAGCCAACAAGGAGUUUAACAACAUCUUAUCAACUCCCAAAUGAAAACUGCAAAAAUGUCCAUCUUAGUCUUCAAGGAAAAUAUUGUCGUGAAAGUUUAUCCCAAGAACUUUGUUCUACAACCAACUCGUUACAAGAAACAAGAGAAGAAAGUAUCACAAAGGCUCAUUUGGACUUAUCGAAAAAAAACGAACCAUUACAUCUAAGUACUUUUAUUUCCUCCUUACCUAUAGCAAGUCUACCGCCGAAAUAUCGGCGUCGCCAUUCCUUUGAUAAACUCGAAGAAACGGACGCCGUUUCGCCUGAACUUAAGGAAGACUGUCCACUUGAUCUCACCAUACCCCCUAGAAAUGAAAAAGAAACGGGAUCGGCCACUAAACCGGGAGCUCUGGUCCAGAGAGUUCGUCCACAAAUCCAACGACUGUCCGAGUCAUCUGAUGCUCCAGUACGACAGCCACCAAAACGCGCUUUCCAGAUUCAAAACAGUCAAAAGCAAUCCAUUCUACUUGAAUCGGGGCGACAAGUUCCUUCCCCUGCUUCAUUUGUGAACUCUGUGCAUCAAGAAUCUCGCACUUUAAAAUCUGAGGAGUUGUCCAUCAAGAAAGAACCAACAUCUGCGUUACUCCAAAACGAAACCAUUAAGUUGAUCAACGAGGACAGCUGUAUAAUACAAGAUGUUACGAACGAAGAAUCAAUUUUACGUACACUUCUGUUGGAAGAUGGGGAGAACGGGUUAGAGAACUCUUUGUAUCAAACUGACAAACAACCUGAAGAAGACAAAGUUUGUAAUGAACCGACUAUGGAACCUGUGGACAACUUGCGAUUUAUUAAAGACAUAAAAUUUCAUUCAAUAGAAAAGUUGUUACCAGAGACAAAUGAGCAGAGUAUAUUACCACUGACAGAAGAAAAUGAGACUCCCAUAUUACUUGAAGAAAAUCCAAUCUUUGUAGAAAAGGAUGGCUGGAAGGAAUCCUCAUUAUGGGCAAAAGACCCCCAAGCUGUGAAAGACAAAAUCGAAAAACUGAGAAAAGAAAUACUUUACUUGGACAUGAUGGCUGCACAGAAAGAAAAGGAACGUUUAUUGAUUCUUCAUUUUAAAAAGUACAAAAAGGAAGUUAUGAAGAAAAUCUUCAAACAAAGAGUUUUACCAUCAAAACGGGUGGAAAUUAAAUCCCAACCGGACUUGAAAAGUAAUGGUGAAAAUUAUGCUGUCUUAAAUCAAGAAUCGGAAGUUUCUAUGCCAAUAUCUGCACAUUCCCAAGAGUCUGAAAUAAAUCAUUGCCUUACACGCACGGAUUCAAAAUCAGCGAAGUCUCGCAAAGAAAUGUCUCGAAAAGAAACCUGCCUUGUGCGCCCCUUACAGCAUGUUGAAAACAAUUCUGAUUCUCUUCAAAAAGAUCCAUUGACCAGUGCUGAAUUCCAUAUAUCAAAAACGACAGGUGUGAACAUCGACAGAGAUUUAGGACACGAACGUCUGACCAAGAAAUUAGUCAGAAAAGGUAGUGGACAAACAAAGGUUGAAGAUCUUUCAAGCUCAGCAGAAGCUGUGAUCACAGGGACUAAUCAGCCAAAUUUUUCUCCGAGGACCAACGUGUCGCUACAGCUGUCAGAUUUCUCUGUUGCCAGUCUAUCCACCUGCUACGUGCCUCAAUGCUCCACAACUUCGUUACCAUUUACAAGUAUGGCGUCCUCUAAACAAGAGCCAUCUGUCACCCCAGUAACAGACCUGAAUAAUGUCAUUCCUCCUGAGAAUGGAACUUAUUUCACGACACCAAAGACCUACACUUCAACCUCUUCUAUUACUACUCAGCAAGGGGUUUCGCAUCCUGGUAGGGCUGAAUGCCUACCUCAAUUUCCUGAGAAGAUUACACCCUCAGUAUCUUCCUAUCAGCCAAUUUCCCCGAUCCACAGGUUCCCAACAACAACCUACACCCCGUUCCCCUUGACUACGAAUUCUCCAACUACUAUGAUUCCAUCUUGGAUACCCAUGGGAUUUCCUUGGUGGGGUGCACUGCCGCCUAUGGAAUACCCAACCUAUAACCAAAGGUCAAGAGUAGCAACCGAGGGCAGCGAAGAUGGGACGAAAAAGGUAAACCUAAACAAGUUUAACCCCCCUAAAAUUAUCGACUGUUUCAUACUAUUCGCCACCAGUAGGGUUAGAAUGUUGUAUCAUAUUCAGUAAGUUUACGUUUUUACCUGUCACAAUGUUCGUUGUAAAGAACUUACUAAAACAAAAUGUGUGAAAUCAUUCGUGUGCUAUGUAAGAUUACAGCGGUAAUUAAUGGG